AUGGACGAAUUGAUACCGAAUCUGCGCGAUGAACGUGUGCAGGGUGCCGUUAAAAGUCUCCUCGUGUACAGCAUCGUUAUACUACUCGUUCCGCUUGGAUCAAUGUUCUUCCUGAAGCGGUAUUUGUUUGAAGAACUUUUUGGAUACUCGCCGAAUGAUUCCCUCACCUAUUCGGCUGUAAUUGCUGUUAUUCUCGUGCAUGUUGUUUUGUUAAUGCAAAAGUACGCCCAUGAUCUUCCUGUUCAUCUUGGGUUCGCUAAUCGUAUAGAAACAGAUGAAUUGUACCGUCUUCGAAGAACAGCCGAUCUGCAGUGUAAUGUAUGUCAAAAGCAAAUGUGUUUUUUAAUCCAAGUCUAUGCUACAUCUGAAAACGAUCCUCCCCAUUCAUUCCACCGAACCCUUUUCGUUUUUGUUUGCCGUAAUCCUUUGUGUUCGAAGUCCAACGAUGCGUCUAAUAUGGUUGUGUUUCGUUGUUGUCUUCCCCGACUGAAUCCUUACUAUUCAUUCGAUGGGCCUAUGGAUCCUGAUCUAGAUGGCGAUGUUCCUGAUCCAAGAAUGACUGGAGAUGCACCACAACUUUGCGUUAUUUGCGGUUGUUUCGCUUCGAAAAAGUGCGGGAAAUGCAGCACAUCUUGGUAUUGCUGUCGUGAUCACCAAGCACUGGAUUGGACGUCUGGUCACAAACAAUCUUGUGGAAAUACUGAUAAUCCUGAAGGAGCUAAAUCUUUAACUAAUCCUUUGAAUAAGUUUCUCUUCAAGGAGUAUGGAAUUGAAAUGGAUCAGGAAUAUGUCCCUGCUGAAUUGCUUGAGAGUUUGAACGAUGGCGAUAGUGAAGAUGAUUUUGAUGACAAAUGUGCUGAUGAUGACGAUGAAUCAGAAGACAUAAAAAGGAAACGUAUGGAGGAAUUUGAAGAUUUUGUGGCCAAGAAUAAACUGAGAAAUGAUCAGUUCAAAACAGACGAGAUGGAGGCGGCAGUUUGCGACCAACGGAGUGACUUCAACUUCGAAAGAUUCAACCGUCUGUUGAACUUGAACUCCGAACAAGUUCUUCGAUAUCAACGUUCAGGAACUCCUCUUCUGGCAACUGAUCGGGCUCCACCACCUGGCGAAAUACCGUCAUGCGAGAUAUGUGGGGCACCACGCACGUUCGAGCUCCAGCUAAUGCCUCAUCUUCUAUCACUUAUUGAUGUCGAUGACCUCAGAGAAUCAAUCGAUUGGGCUUCGGUUUACAUAUUCACUUGUUCUCGCUCUUGUGAAAUUGAGAAUAAUGGAUAUGCAAAGGAAUACGUUUUCAAACAAGACUUUUCUUAA